GUUUCAGAUCCAGAGAGGCACCAGUGAUCCACACAACUACAAGAGCCUCGCGGACUGCUUUAGAACCGUCUUCCGCAACGAAGGUAUAUAUGGCUUCUAUAAGGGGAUCCUCCCUCCAAUCCUGGCUGAGACUCCAAAGAGAGCAGUUAAGUUCUUCACCUUCGAACAGUACAAGAAGCUGCUGAGUCUCACCGGUCUGCCCGCUGGCCUAGCUCUGUCAGUAGCAGGUCUAGGGUCAGGCCUGACCGAGGCAUUGGUGGUCAACCCAUUUGAAGUGGUCAAAGUCGGCCUGCAGGCCAACCGAGAUUCUUUCCAAGUGCAGCCCUCCACGUUUGCCCAAGCACGGAACAUCAUCAACGCAGAUGGCUUUGGCCUGCGAGGGCUGAAUAAAGGGUUAACGUCGACCCUGGGGCGCCACGGCGUCUUUAACAUGAUCUACUUUGGAUUCUACUUCAACGUCAAGGACGCCAUUCCUGCCAGCCAGGACCCAACCCUGGAGUUCCUGAGGAAGUUUGCUAUUGGCCUGGCCUCCGGAACCAUCUCAUCCUGUGUCAACAUUCCCUUCGACGUGGCCAAAAGUCGCAUCCAGGCUCCCCAGCCCAUACCUGGAGAGAUCAAGUACCGGACCUGCUUCCAGACCAUGGGCCUGGUCUACCGGGAGGAGGGAUACUUGGCGCUGUACAAAGGACUGGUCCCCAAGAUCAUGAGACUCGGACCAGGUGGAGCUGUGAUGCUGCUGGUGUAUGAAUACGUAUCUGGAUGGUUAAAUAAGAACUGGUGAUGAGAAGAAGCCCACCAGCCUUGCCUUAAGGUGCCCACCAGGCAAUCUAUUAGGAUGCCCACCAGGUAGUUUACUGAAGCGCACCAGGCAGCCUUAGGGGGCCUGCUGUCUCAGGUUCCAACAUCCACAGGCCUCCCUAAACCCUGUGACCUCUAAUAGACUGUUCCAGCUAGUGCCCGUCCCAUACAUACAACCAUUGUACAACCAGAAUGCAACCAUAGUAUAACCAGAAUGCAACCAUAGUACAACCAGAAUACAACCAUAGUAUAAUCGGAAUAGAACCAUAACGCAUAACACUGAUCUGUUAUCCACAUUGCAGCCAUACAACGUCCAAGCUCAUCUUCCAUUACACUCAAUAAUAAUCCACCUCGACAAAUCAAGGCCCUGCCUCAUUUAAUGCACAAACAUUAUUGGGAACAACUUAACACUUCUAAUACAAUAGCCAUGCAUGCCAUGACACACUGUGUGCAUAGAUGAGUCCUAUAUUGUAUCUCGCUGCCAUACUAAUGUAAACCUAUUUAACAUACAGGGGGUUUAGAGUCCACUACAAACUCUUACAAACACACAGCCACGGUGUUCCAAGCCCAAAUGUCCAGAUUACACACACACACACACACACACACACACGCUCCACCCACAGUGCAUUAAUUCAAAGUCGACUUCACAUAAACGUAAUCAGGCACAGGAUGAAGCCUCCUGUAAAAGUCUCUCAUUUUUGUACACAUUGAAUAGAAAUGACAAAAUCAUCAUAGAAGACAAUAGACUCGCAUUGAUAUCUUGAAAUAGUUUGUGAUUUUUUUUUUCUUUUUUUUUCGUAGAAUAUCUGUUUCAAAGUCCCUGUGAAGCUACUUGUAUGUGACAGAUUAAAACACGUCGAACUUGAA